UGCCUGAAUUCGAUUUGCUCUUGAUUCGAUUGGUUGUGACUGCUGCAGUCACACGAAGAAAGUCAUGGCGGCUACUCAAGCGACAAACCCGUCACAAUUGCUCCCUCUGGAGCUUGUGGACAAAUGUAUCGGCUCUCGAAUUCACAUCGUCAUGAAAACCGACAAAGAAAUCGUCGGCACCCUGCUGGGGUUCGAUGACUUUGUCAACAUGGUGCUGGAGGAUGUGACAGAAUUCGAGAUCACACCAGAAGGACGGAGAAUAACCAAACUGGAUCAGAUCCUCCUCAAUGGAAACAACAUCACCAUGCUCAUUCCUGGAGGAGAAGGACCAGAAGUGUAAAUCCUGUUUUGUGUCUUUUGUUUAUUCUCUCCAGGUUUUUGGAGCAUAUUUUUGUAACAUUCUUUGUUCAGUUUUUAGUAAAAGAAGCAGGUCUCACGUGGGAAUUAAGAUGUCUUUGUUGCAAAUAAAUCUCAGUUUGAAAAACA